AUGCUGGACGCUUCAAAGUCUGCCAGAGUGCAUCAGAACGAUAGGGAAAUUGGCCUGGCCGUGGCUAGAUCGCGGGCGACAGGUUCAAAGUCCACAGUCAAGAACAAAGGAAAAGCUACAAACGCAAUGCAGGUGGAAAAGGGAGCCAAGAAGCCGAAGUCGACGACAGCGAAGAAAACCUGCUUUCUCUCAUCCAAAGGGCUCACAUUCCUCGAUUUGUGCAUGGAUAUCCGCGCGCAGAUCUACAGCAUCCUCGAGGCAAUCCCCGACCAUUCAAGCGACGACGCCACAGACUUCCCCAAAGGCUACGAUGGCUGGUCCAAGACGCGCAAGUCUCUCCUCUUCGUAUGCCGGCAGGUCCACAACGAAUUCGCGCCUUAUUUCCUGCGGUCUACGACUAUCAGACUUGAAUACUGGAGACGCACACCAGAACUGUUCUCCGAGUUUCUCGCCACGCUUGAUCCGAUCAAGGUGAUCAACAUCCGCCACUUGGAAUACCGCGUCUUUCCGCCACGGAUCGCGGCAGAUAUGUUCGCGGAUGUUCCUAUCGGUCUCUUCGGCGUGCUUCUGCCUUCGUUUCGUGUCCUACCCUUCGAUCACGAGGCCGAGAACUACUCACUGUCCCGUCUCUACGGACGCUUCACGGGCGUGCUACACCUCGAGACAUUCGACGUGAUCCGCAGCCCGUUUGUAUAUAACCCCAUACGCGCGAUCCUGCCAGUGGACGACUUCCGCAACGCACAUUCGGUUCCUCGUGCAACGAUGGACCUCUCAACGGGAUGGCUGUGGUGGAGUUUGGAACAGUACUUGAGUGAGCAUGUCAUGCAGGAUUCGUACGUGGUGAGGACUCAGGGUUUAGAGCGCUUCGACCGGAGCUACAACAACAAUAACACCGCCCGGCUGUUCUUCCGCAAGAGCAGGGGGCAGUUGCAGAAGGAAGUGCAAGAGGCGGAGAAGAGAUUGGUGGAGGCCGGGAUGCCCAUGUGA